AUGGGCGGUGAUGGCAACGAGGCAGUUAAUGAGGGGAACCACGGUGAGCCUUCGACACCUCAUACCUUUUCUGUUAACGCUACUCCUUUCGAGCCCGGCUCGAGCGGAUCAUCAUACCCGGCUGACAAGUGGCAAGAGCAGCCUGGAGUGCAGCGAGAGCAGAGUGCUGUGAUGGGAUCAAGUACUCCAUGGACACCUUCCCCUCUACAGUACUACGAUAUGUUUAUGCUAACUCCACAUGUAAGGGCUAUGGCGCAAAUGAAUGUCAUGCUUCCUGGCGGCCCAAGAAGGUAUAGUGGCACUCCCAUUGUAAGAACGUCAAGCCCGGGCAGAAAGAGUUCAUCAACAUCAGAGGAGGUGAAGAAGGCUGAAAAAGGUAGCUUGUCUAUUCAUGCUAAACCUUGGUCUCCGACCCCUGAUUCAGGUCUUAGCCAGAAGGAUGGUGACACGUACAUACAACUUAAAAAAGGAUGGACGAAAGUGGACUAUCAUGGUGCGCCUGCGGUCGCACCCGUUCCUUUUAUGGAGAUGAGUAGCCUGUUCGUACAUUCUCUUACUGUAAGACCCCUUGACAAACCAAGAAUACACUUGGAGAUAUUUAACUACCUUUGUGCGAGGUGCGCGACCAAAUCUUUCUUUGGAAGGUUAACUUGCAGAGGACCCGACGUAAUUUUGAAGUUUGUUGCCGAUGAUGUUCCACCAUUGAGGGUGGCGCACUUGAUUGAACAGGUCACGGGGGCUACUGUCUCUGCUCUUUUCACUGAAACGAUCGGUGAGUACGAACUGUGGCUUGAAAGAUCGGAUACAGCCAGUCAUGUUAUUGACGUUGUUUCUGGUGCUUUAUGGACAUGUCCGAUGUUCCAUGGGUAUGCCGUUUAUGCAAAGUGCGAUGAUGAAAAGACGUUCCUACGCGACUAUAUCAACUCACUAGUGGAAGGGUUUCCCGAGCAAACUCCGUAUCCUAUGCGAUUCGUCACGGCAACUGCUUCGGGAGCUGUGGAUAUACACUCUUGA